CACGACGACUGUAUAAAGGCAAGUUUCACUCUAUUUGCUGUAUUUUAUUGAAAUUUGUUCAGUGUGAGGGUGUGUGCUCAUCACUGUUUUUAGUGUCUUUCUGUGUAACUGUGUGAAAUACUGUAGGAUGUUCCUGACUCACUGUGUGAUGGAAUGGAUUGUGUUGACAGUCCUCAGCCUCUGCCUGCCUGUAUGGAGUGAUGUGAAGGUGAUCCAGCCCUCUAGAGUUGUGAGCACCAAUGGUACGGCACAGAUCCAGUGCUUCGUCCAACCCCAGCCCUCCUACCAUCAGAUCCAACCCUCCGAUGACCAAACCCUUACAUACCCCUACCCUGACCCCGAGGAGCUGCGUGUGUCUCUGCUAAGAGGCCUCCAUGGCACCCAGGAACUCUGCUCGACCAUGUUCAACUUCACAGAGCAGAGAGAGGCCGGCGUGGAGAAAGGUGCAGAGAAAGACCGAGAGGUGCAGUGCUCUGCUCAGGUGAGAGAGGGCGCCGUGGAGGUGACAGUUUCCGGACUGAAGGCCACAGACACAGAUAUGUACCGCUGUGAGAUAGAGGUCUUCUAUCCACCACCAUACCUGCGGCUCACUGGCAACGGCACACUCAUUCAUGUCUUAGGCAGCUCAGAUUGUCCUGCUUUGGCUCAGAGACAGAUUGCACACCAUCACGGUGAUGAUGAAGAGGAUGAUGAGGGGAUGGCACCAGUCAGUUUUCCUGUGGUUGUACUGGUGAUACUGGUCAUGUUUGUCCUCCUCAUCAUUAUCUACUUCCAGGCUCUACAGUGUCAACGAGGGAGGAGGGAGCUUGUCCGAACGGUGCCUGGUGUGCUUUGCAAGGCGGAUGCUGCUACAUUUUCAUGUUAAAACUUUGCAUGAAAAACACACUGAAUAGCCACGUUUUUAUUUUUUAAAAAUUAUUUAUUCACCUUUAUUUUUCCAAGAUAGUCCCAUUGAGAUUUAAAAUCUCUUUUACGAGGUAGUCCAGGCCAAGACGGCAGCAUAAAAGUUUCACACUUAAAUACAAAACAGCAAAAAGUUAAAAAACAUCAUAAGAAAUUUCUAAUAAGAGAGACAAGUAACAGACUUAAAACUUACAGCAAAUUGCAUCAACCAGUGAAUUAGCAGUGUUGUUCAGUAACAGGACAUGUAUAUUCAGUGUUAAAAUAGUCCUUAAAUAAUCUAGUUAAAAUAACUCUGUAGCUCACACCAAGUCGAGGGUGCAAAAACUUUAAAAGCACUUUCACCAAAGAUGGUGCACGUUCGAGGAAUGACAUGUUGGACGCUCGCUAUCAGCCUAGAAGCAUCAGAGUACCAUUGAUCUUGAAUGGAGGGUUAGAGGAAUAUAGGGUCAGUAUUGACCGUUUAUUAAAUAUCACCUCUGUUAUGAUUGAGGUUCUUUUUUUUUUUUUACCACAGCUAAAGAAAAACACCAAAAUUACAUUUUUGGUGUCUGUGCAUAUUUUACUUUUUAAGUAUAGACAUUAUGUUUACAUUGUUGUAAACACAAAUUAUAUUAAAAAGGUGUAGCUUUGGCUUGAAAGGCUAAUACUGUGUACAAACUUCUUGUUUGAUUAAAAACUGAAUCACUUGAUGUUUUACUUGGCUAAACACUCCAGCUAAGAAAAUGCAAAGCUUUGAAUCAUUAGGCUGCAUUACGGCUACAGAAGUUAUUUGCAUGUGAAUUUAUUGUUACCUUAUACUCUAUGUAAAUGUUGCCAUUGCAAUGUUCAACAAAUAUUCAUGUUGGAUACUUCCUUAAAAUAAAGU